AUGGACUUUAGCUCCCUCCUCCUACAUGUUUUUCUCAUUGUGUCUUUUGUUUAUCCUAUUCAUUCCUGCCACAAUCAACUGAACAAUCAAGCUUUUCUAGGAGAGAACGAAUUUCACAAGUUGAACAAGACGAUGAUUACAUCCCAUCUUCAACGGAUCAACAAGCCUGCUGUUAAAACAAUUCAGAGUCCUGAUGGUGAUAUAAUAGACUGUAUUUUGACUCAUAAACAACUAGCUUUUGAUCAUCCCUUAUUGAAAGGGCAAAAACCAUUGGAUCCUCCAAAAAGAUCAAGAGGGGUUCACCAAACAGGUAACUUCAGUAACAUAUUUCAAUUGUGGACCUUGUCUGGUGAAUCAUGUCCCGAAGGAACAAUUCCAGUUAGAAGAACAACCGAACAAGACUUGUUAAGAGCCGGAUCGAUUACUCAAUUUGGAAGAAAAUACAUCGAUCGAGAUAGUUAUGAACAUGCAAUGGCGUCUGUGCAAGGAGAUGGGUAUACAGGAGCGUCGGCUGUCCUAAACAUAUGGCAACCCAAACUGGACUAUUGUUAUGAAUUCAGCGCGGCUAAAAUAUUGCUUUCCUCGCAAAAAUCUGGAGACAUUAUUGAAACUGGUUGGCAGGUCUACCAACAUCUCUAUGGGGAUGGCCGCCCUAGAUUGUUUAUUCAUUGGACGGCUGAUCCAGAAAGACAAAAUGGGUGCUACGAUUUAAAAUGUUCAGGCUUUGUUCAAACUCAUAAUAAAGUGGUAUUAGGAGGUUCAGUUACUCCAGCUUCUAUAUAUGAUGGAAAACAAUAUGGUCUUAAAUUGACUAUAUGGAAGGAUCCAAACAAUGGGAAUUGGUGGCUUGAAUUAGAAUCUGGCAUACAUAUUGGCUAUUGGCCAGCUUCCUUGUUCACAGAAUUAAAGGGUGAAGCAUAUUUUGCUGAAUUCGGCGGAGAAGUGUUCAAUUUAAAGCCAUCAGGGGCUCAUACAUCAACUGAAAUGGGUAGUGGACAUUUUGUAUCAGGACGUGGUUUUGGCAGAGCUGCAUUUAUAAAAAAAAUGAAAGUUGCAGUUACUGAACAAAAUGUCUAUAUUGACUUGCCAGAUCCUGAUUUUUCAUCAGAUCACCCAAAUUGUUAUAAUGUAAAAGGAGGGUUUAUUAAGGACUGGGGAAGUUACUUAUACUAUGGUGGACCUGGCUAUAAUAAGAAUUGUCCUUAA